GACGCGAAGAAUGACGGCGAGAAGGGCGACGGCAAGGGCGACGAGAAGGACGGCGAGAAAAAAGAGGAGGACGGCGAAGACCUCGACGGCUCGAGGGACCGCCUGCUGCGCGGCAAGAAGAAGCGCAGCAUGAAGCAAGACUUCUACCGCAUCCUCCAAGAGUCGAAAGGCCAAUCGAAGCGCUUAUCCGUCGGCAUCUUCUUUCUGUUCUGUAACUCCGUGUGCAUCAUGUUGAUCCCGUUCUACGCCGGGCGCAUGAUCGACGGCGUCACGAAGCACCUGGAAGGCGACAGCGCGGGCGCGCGCAGGGACGUUCUCGAUGCGUACAUCGGCCUCCUCCUCGUCGGUCUCUUCGGCGGCCUGUUCCAGGCGCUGCGAAUGUACAUGUUCAACACGGCUUCGUACAAAGUCGUCGCGCGGCUGCGGAACCGCCUGUUCACGAACAUCCUCGCCCAGGAGGUCGGGUUCUUCGACUCCGUGACGUCCGGGUCGUUGAUCUCGCGCAUAACCACGGACACCGCGAUGCUGAAGAACGUCGCGACGCAGAAUUUGUCCAUGGCGCUCCGAGGGAUGGCGACGGUGAUUAUCGCGUUUACGUUUAUGUUUUACACGUCGUGGCGGCUCACGCUCGUGGUCCUCGCCGCGUUCCCGCCGCUCAUCGCCGCGGCGAUCUGGCAGAGCCGCCGUCUGCGCGUGCUCGCACGUCUGACGCAGCAAGCGACGGCGAAGGCGACGUCCGUCGCGGAGGACUCCCUCGGCGCGAUUCGCACGGUGCGAACCUUCGGCCAGGAGAACCACGAGUCCUCGCACUUCGCGUCGAGCGUCAACGAAGCCCUCGGCGUGGAGAUGUCGUACGGGAGGCGAAGCGCGAUCUUCAACGGCUGCCUCACCGCGGGCGUCUUCAUCACCCUCGGCUCCACCUUCUACUACGGCUCCCGGCUCGCGAUCGAGGACGACCUCACCAUCGGAGAGCUCAACGCGUUUAUCCUCUACUCCAUCAACGCCUCCUUCGGCAUGGCGCUCAUCUCCGGCACCUACGCGUCCAUCAUCCAAGCCCUCGGCGCGUCCACGCGCGUGUUCGACCUCAUGGACCGCGAGUCGCUCCUCCCGCACGACGGCGUCCUCGCGCCGGACACGACCGAGACGGGCGUGAGCGUGGAGCUGAGAGACGUGCACUUCGCGUACCCGGGGGUUCCGGACCGCCCGGUGCUCAACGGGUUGUCGCUCAACGUCCCCGCGGGGACGUGCGCGGCGAUCGUCGGCGCGUCCGGGGCGGGGAAGUCCACGAUCGCGGCGCUCGUGCAGUACUACUACGCCCCGAUCAAAGGCCAGGUCUUCGUCGCGGGCGUCCCGGUCGGGGAGAUUCAGCACGAGCACCUGCACUCGCUCAUCGGCGUCGUGUCGCAGGAGCCGGUGUUGUUCGCGCGGUCCAUCCGCUCGAACGCGAGGUUCGCGUCCCCGGACGCGACGGACGAGGACAUCUGGCGCGCGCUCGAGCAAGCGAACGUCGCGGACUUCGUGCGCGACUUGGAGAAAGGAUUGGACACGUGGGUCGGCGAGAGAGGGAUCAAGCUGUCGGGCGGGCAGAAGCAACGCAUCGCCAUCGCGCGCGCGGUGCUCAUGAACCCUCAGGUUUUACUCCUCGACGAGGCGACGUCCGCGCUCGACGCGGAGAGCGAGCAGCUCGUGAACGACGCGUUGGACGCGAUGAUGAGCGGCAGGAACCGGACGUCGAUCGUGAUCGCGCAUCGGUUGAGCACGAUUCAAGACGCGGACUCGGUCGCGGUGGUGAGCGAGGGCGUCGUCGCGGAGCAAGACACGCACGAUAACCUCAUGAAGAUCCCCGACGGCGUGUACGCGAACUUGAUGCGGCGGCAGCUCGCGGGCCUGGGGGCGUCCACGGACGACCUCCCUAAGCUCGCGCAACAGGAGCAGAAGAAGACGAAGUAGUCUAAUGUAUUCUUUCAGUCGUCGUCGGCGGCUGCGUUGUACGUGUAUCUUAUACGACG